GACGAUGAUGAGUUUGCUGUCCAAAUGUUCGUCAUGGGGAUCCGAAUCCCCUUCAGACAGCCAACAUGGGAGGACAACGAUGCCUUUGCAGAAUUAGGAGAGAGGCACAGCUGGUGCAAUGCCAGGAAGUGCCUUUAUCCAGGAGGCAGGGAGGAGGCAGAGGAAGAGGGGCCCUGGGAACUGCUCCUGUGCUCCUCCUGUGCUGCUGAGGGCACCCACAGGCGCUGCUCUGGCCUCACAAGCAACACUCCCAGCUGGGAGUGCGACAGCUGUGCUGGUCUGGGCACAGCCCCCAGGGAUGAGCCGGAGCUCAAUGCCCCCAGGGAUGAGCCUGAGCUCAAUGCCCCCAGGGAUGAGCCGGAGCUCAAUGUCCCCAGCCUGGCCGGACAAGACCAGCAAACACAGCAGCGUCCAACAUGCACCAAUGAGGCAGCUGCUGCAAUCUUCCUCGCUGGAGAGCAGCAGCCCCUGCACGGAGAGUGA